GUUGAUGUUCAUGGCAUGUUACCAUCUUCGUGAGUCAUUCGAUGCUGGAUCUACCUACCACGUCAGAUGAGAAGAUCCCACUGCUGCAUGCAACUGUAUCGAUCAACACUAUCCGCGCAUUGUGUACGGAUCCAAGUCUCCUGCGGGAGCUGCGCGAAAUGGCGGCCCUGGCGCUGCCCGUGACUGCAACGUUCUUCUUCGAGUACGCCCCGGGCAUUGUAACGCUCGUGUUAGCUGGUCAUGCCGGCAACUCCGAAGACGCAGUGCAACUGUAUCUGGACGCUGCAGCCAUCGCCAUCAUGUACAUGAACGUCACAGGCGUCACCAUCGGCCUCGGGUUGGCCACAGCCAUGGACACAUUAUGUCCUCAAGCUGUGGGGGAGGCAUGUCCGUACAGACUGGCAUGUACUUUCAAACAGGGCUCGUGGUGUUGGGACUUGUAUGUGUUCCCAUCGUCCUCGUCAAUGCGUGGGCCACUGCGAUCCUCGUAAUGCUGGGCCAGUCGCACGACAUUGCAGUGUUGGCAGGCGACUUGAUCCGCAUCAUGGGACCCAGCCUGCCCUUCUUGUUUGGGUACGAGUUGCUGAAAAAGGUACUACUA